AUGAUGAACAAGGCGAAGAGUUCCAUGGUGGAGUCACCCUUACCAUGGUGGCUCUUUGGAACUGCAGGCUUGGUUGCAACCACACUUACUGUUGGUGCUGCAGCACGGCUCACGCGAACUGGAGCAUCGAUGCUGUACUGGAAACCUCGUUUCAUGCACUCACCAAAGACUGAAAGUGAAUGGCACGAUGAAUUUGACGUGUAUCGUGACUUCUGUGCGCGGUCUCAGCGCACUCCGAUGACGCUCGAGGACUUCAAGCGCAAUUACAAGUGGGAAUCAGCUCACCGCAGACUUGGCCAGUUGACAGCUCUCUCUUUCGUUGGACCCUUGACAUACUUUGCGAUGAAGGGCAAGAUUCCGAUUCCAGCGCAAGCUCCUCUGAUGUUAAUUGCAGGGCUUGGAGCUACUCAGAUGUACCUUGGUCGAGGAAUGGUGGAGAAGAACGUUACGCGUGGUGGCAAAGGUAGCAGUGAUGAGAACUCCACGUUCGAGGGAGCCAACUUCUUCCUUCCAAUUCAUUCGGCCUUGUCGCUCGCGAACUUUUCUCUCCUUGUUUGGACAGGACUUGGAAUCAUCUCACCGGUAUCAAGAGCAAUCACUGUGCGUGGACUCAUGACACCAGGUGUGUUGCAAGAAAUGGGUGCAGUUCGCAACCAUUUUUUGGCUUUGACAGGGCUGGCAGCCAGUACGAUCUUUGCGGGCGCGUUAGUGGCGGAGAUUGACGGUGGACGUGAGUUUCAAACGUUCCCCAAGAUGGGGGACCAUUGGAUUCCGCAAGGUCUCUUCGACCAGCAGCCGUGGCUGCGCAACUUCCGUGACAAUGUGGCUCUCGUGCAAUUGGACCACCGCCUAUUGGCAGUGGCUACUCUUGCUGCGUACACGACCGUCUAUUUAAAAGCACGUAAGCCUCGUAUCUGGACAAACCUUCCAGAAGAUGCCAAGCACGCUAUGACACUAGCAGUGGCAGCAACGGGUGGUCAAGUAUUGAUGGGUGCGACAAUGCUCGUGAAGGAGGUGCCGACGCCGCUAGCGAUGGUGCAUCAAAGCGGUGCGGCGUUAGUCUUGGGAUCGUCGUUGUGGGUGCUGCAUGCUCUACGUUUUGCUCGUCCUGGUGGGCUAAUGGGAGCGGCAGUUGCGACUGCUGCCGCCAAGGUCGCGUAA